AUGGCCCAAGUUCCACCACCAACAGCUCAAGUGGUUAACACUGCUGCUCCAGCAGCGCCAGCUACAGUACCAGCAGUUGGAGGACAACCACCAGUCGGAAUGGGACCACCACCAGCAAACAUGGGAUAUCCACCAAAUGCCACUUACUCGAUGGCCUCUCUCUACAUCGGAGACCUUCAUGGUGACGUCACCGAGUCGAUGCUCUUCGAGAAGUUCAGCAUGGCAGGACCAGUGCUUUCGAUCCGUGUGUGCCGUGACAACACCAGUCGCCUGUCGCUCGGAUAUGCCUACGUCAACUUCCAACAACCAGCAGACGCUGAACGUGCCUUGGACACGAUGAACUUUGAAACAAUCCAUGGACGCCCGAUGCGCAUCAUGUGGUCUCAACGUGACCCGGCUGCUCGUCGUGCUGGAAAUGGAAACAUUUUCAUCAAGAACUUGGACCGUGUCAUUGACAACAAGUCAAUCUAUGACACGUUCUCGUUGUUCGGAAACAUUUUGUCGUGCAAGGUGGCCGCCGAUGAGGACGGUAGCAGCAGAGGAUACGGUUUCGUUCAUUUCGAGACUGAGGAAUCAGCUCAGAUCGCCAUCGAGAAGGUCAACGGAAUGCUUCUGUCUGGAAAGAAAGUUUACGUCGGAAAGUUCCAAACACGCGCUCAGCGUCUCAAGGAGCUCGGAGAGAGCGGAUUAAAAUACACCAAUGUCUUCGUCAAGAACUUCGGAGAGCACCUCGACCAGGAGAAGUUGACCAAAAUGUUCAGCAAGUACGGAGAGAUCACCAGUGCCGUUGUGAUGACCGAUGCUGAUGGAAAACCAAAAGGAUUCGGAUUCGUUGCCUACGCUGAUCCAGAUGCUGCCCAGAAGGCUGUCGACGAUCUCAACGAGAAAACUUUGGAAGGAACCGACUUGAAGCUUUCUGUCUGCCGAGCCCAAAAGAAGUCAGAGCGUACUGCUGACCUUAAGCGCAAGUAUGAAGCUUUGAAGCAGGAGCGCGUUCAACGCUAUCAAGGGGUCAACCUCUAUGUCAAGAACAUUGACGAGGAGCUCACUGAUGAAGGACUUCGCGCUCACUUUGCUUCGUUCGGAACCAUCACUUCUGCUAAAGUCAUGGUCGAUGAGAAUGGCAGAUCUAAGGGAUUCGGAUUCGUGUGCUUCGAGAAACCAGAAGAAGCCACUGCAGCUGUCACUGAGAUGAACUCCAAGAUGAUGGGCUCAAAGCCGCUCUAUGUGGCUCUUGCUCAACGCAAAGAGGAUCGUCGUGCUCAGUUGGCAUCGCAGUACAUGCAAAAACUCGCUACUCUUCGCAUGGGACAACAGACCAACGGAGUUCCAGGAAUGGCUCCAAUCUAUCCACAAGGACAACAAGGAUUCUUUGUUCCAAAUCCAAUGGCUGCCCAAGGACGUCCAGUCUUCCAACCACCAGCGGCUCCAAUGCGCGGACCACCAGGUCCACCAGGACAGCGCAUCUUUAACAACCAGUACAUGCAGUACCCAGCUUACAACCAACAACGCCAAGGAUACCCACAACAACAGGGACGCCCACCAAUGCGCACACAGGAUGGCCGUCCACAGUAUGGCAUGGCUUCAAGACCAGCCGGACCACCACGUGUUGGAGGACCAGGAGUCCAGAUGGGAGGAGCUCCAAUCAGACAGCAAGGAGGAGCCCCACGCGGAGCACCACAACAGAAACCAUUUUUCCAAGGACCGCCACGUCAACAACAGCAUGCUCAACAACACACUCAACAAGCACCACAGCCAACUCAGCAACAAGGACAGUCUGGAAUCAUCAUCCAAGGACAGGAGACGCUCACUUCUCACAUGCUUGCUCAAGCCGCUCCACAAGAGCAGAAGCAACUACUCGGAGAGCGUAUCUAUGCUCUUAUUGAGAAAUUGUUCCCAAGCCACAAGGAUGCUGGAAAGAUCACUGGAAUGAUGUUGGAGAUUGACAACGCUGAGCUGAUCAUGAUGCUUCAAGACGGUGACUUGUUCAGAAGCAAGGUCGAGGAGGCCAACUCGGUGCUCACGAAUGCUCAGGCUGCUGCUGCGCCAGCUAACUAG